GGAAGUAAUUAAUAGGAAAUUUCAAAUAAGAUUGCAAGCAAAUUUUUCUUAUUAAAUAACAAAAAUUAAUUUAAGAAAGGUUUAAUAAUAUAUAGAUUGUUGUUAGAGUUAGAUAGAUAGAUAUUAAUUAACAUAUUCAAAACAAAGAAAUUAUACUUCUAAAGUUUGACCAUAAUUAUGAUAUAAAAUAAUCAACACUAAUAGAUGUUUGCUCCUAUAAAGUAAGCUGCUUAGUAAACUUCUAUUGGUUUAAUGAAUAGCAUAGAGGAUUGCAAAAUUAUAGAUUUUGGAUUUUUAAAUUCUUACAGGAGUGAGAAAGAAAACAACAAAACAAAUAAGAAUGGAGCAAUUACUCCUAAUAGAUUGUAAACUUCUUAAUAGAAUAUUAUAGGAUUUACUCCUAAUGCAAAAAAUGAAUUAGCAACUCUAUCAGGAAAUACUAGAAUAUCAAAUAAUAAUUAUUAAAUACUUACUCCAUAGAAUUUUACUUCAGCCACUAUUAAAAAUAGUAUUGAUCAGCUCUCAUCAGUUAGAGCAGUUCGAUUCGAUGCUGAUAAUUAGGAUGAAAAAAAGUAAAGCGCUAUAAAUUCUUCUGCCUCUCCAAUUUAAGUACGAGCUUCUUAAAAUUUUCGUAUUAGCUAAAAUGAUGCAAAGCCUGUUUACUAUGAAAACGGGAGUCCAAACAAAAAUAGUAUGAGUGAUAUUUCGAUAAAGAUAUUGAAUGAAAUCCUAAAUUCACCAAUGUCUGCCAAACAAAGCUCUAAAUAAAAUAGAAUUUCUCAAUAACUGCAGUCUUCUACUUAGGGUUUAAGCAGAAAGAAGAGUCCUUAAAAAAGCAAGAGCCCAUUAAAUAGCUCAAGAGGAGGCCAUUUAAAUAAUUAACUAAAUUCAAGUUACAACACUCAUGAUUUAGUUUAAGUAAAGUAGUAAAGAAACGGAGGAAAUACUUCUAGAGAUGAUUCAUAAAAGUAAGUUAGAAACUCAUAAGAGUUGUAUCAAAAUGCUGCAGCUUCUCCCUAAGUAGAACUUUAGCAAAUCGUAGAUAAAAUAAAAGAAAAAAAGAAUCUGAUUGAAGGUAAAAAAUCGGAGCUUGAGUUUAUCAUGGCAAAAAUAUCUAAUUAGAUAAAUGCUUGCAAGAUUAAUUCUAUAAUUGAAAAUGCUCUAGUGGCUAAAUGUGGGGAAAAUAAAAAAAAAAUAGACCAAAUAUCAAUUAGCUAGGUUUAAGAAAAGAAAGAAAUAGCUAAAAUGGAAGAAAUGUGUGGAAAGCAUAAACAUAGAAUAACAAAUUUACAAUCUAAACUUGAAAUAAUAAAAUAACAAGAGCAACGCUAUCACAUUCUAAAGGAAAAGAAAGUUAAGGAAGUGAAAGAGGAGUUUCAAAAAAAGAACUCUCAAAUGACUCAUAUGUUUAACGAAGUAUCUUAGCAAUAUUAGGAGUUUGUAGAAAAUUUAGAGCAAAUAAAAGAAAAUUACAAUAUUGAUCUUGAAACAAAAGCCUUUUUAAAGGAAGAUCUCAACGGAAAACUUAUUUAGAGGGCAGAAUUAGUUGCUUAGAAGGAGGAUUUAGAUUAAAUUUUUGAAUAGUUUAUUAAUCAAUAUCCUGAGGAAUAUGAGUACAUCAAUGAGGCUUAUAAGAUUGACGUUACUAUUAAUGAAAUUUAGAGAGCUCUUGAAAAUUAGAAAAACGAGUAAACAAAAUUUUCACAUUAAAUAGGAAAUAUUUUUAGCAAAUUGAAAGAAAAAGAAUCGUACUUCAAUCACUACAGCUCAAAAUUAGAAGAUUUGGGAGAGCUCAUCAAAAAAGAAAAAUGUUGCUCUACUUAAACACUAGAAUAAGCAGAAUAAAUAAUUAAUAAAAUAAGCUAGAAUAAUAAGCUGCCUGAUCUUGAAAUUAUGUGCUGCAAUUUCAUAAUGAUGCUUUAAGGAGAGUUCUAUAAUUAGAAUGGGCCAGCAAUUCAGUAAAUCGUACAAGGAAUAAGAUACCAAUAAAGUGGUCUUACAUUACAUAGGCUUAUAGAUUACUUCAAGCAAACUUAUCUUAGUAAUUUAUUUAAGGAUUAAGAUAUGUACCUUGAGGCCACAAAUAAUCUCUUCAACAGUCUCAUUUAACUUGAAGAAAUAAAUGAAAAGUAUUACAAUGAAGAGCAAGAAAUAGUUCAAUUAAUACAAAAAUAUAGCAUUGAAUUAGAAUCUCUCAAAAAAGAAUUGAGCUCUGCUUAAUCGAGAAUCGAAUACCUAUAGUAAUAAAUAUUAAACGAUUCUGAGUUACUUAAAAAGUCUGAGUAGUCUAAAAUGGUACUUAAUGAAAAUUUAAAAAUCCCUGUUAAAAAGAGCGCUUAAAUUGUAUUUUAGCAGUAUUGUGACAAGUAAAAAGAACAAUUCGAGUAAAUUGCCAACGAGCAUGGAGAAGAGUAAGUUGAAAAUUUAAUGAAAGAUCACAGUGACUAAUUCUUAUAUUUAAUGACACUAUAAUAACAAGAAAGAAUGUAAAGAAUGAAAGAUAUCAAAGAAGAAAAAAUGUAAUUAGAAAAAAGCAUUACAGAAAACAUAAACAUUGUUGAAUCUGAAAUUCUGCCUAAAUUGAAAGCUUUAGUCUAAGAUUUAGUUCAUUCUAAAAUGUAGCUUGAUAUGAUGCACAAUGACCUUGAAAACUACAAAGAAGCCAAAUACAAAGUUGAAGAAGACAUGAAACUUCUAGAAAAGUGUCUUAACCAAAAAGUAAAUGAAAUAGAAUAGAAUCUAAAACAGUAAUUUGCUGAUGUCAUUGGAAAAUCUGAAGCUAUAGAAGGCGAGCUUAAUCAAGAAAUAGCCUAAUUAAAGGAAUAAACCUAAUAAAUUGAAAAAGUUAAAUAAAGUAUUGAAUCUCACCGUUAACUGGAACAGACUUUGAGAGAUGAAAUUUCUAAAUUAUAAUAGAAGAAGAAGCUAAUAGAUGAUCUAAAAUCUUAAACAACAACUGUUUAAUAGGAAACAUGUAGGAGAGAACUAGAAAUAGCUGAGCUAGAAAAGUAAAUAGCUAAGUUAGAAGUUAGAAAACUUGUCCUAGAAAAUGCAUCUGAUUUAGCAGAUUAACAAAUAUAAGAGCAAAAAUAAUCACCUAUUUAAUAAGGCUUUUAACAUUCAAAAAAUAAUAAUAAUUAUUAUCACCAAAACUAAAAGUCUCAUUCUAAAUCUUAUUUAAUGCCUAAUGAUGGACCUUAUAAUUGUUUAAAUAACUAAUAGUAGUAGUAAUAGUAGUAACCUAAAAACAUUUACAUAAACUAUUCAUCCUAAGGAAUGGUAGCUCCGACUAGGGUAUCUGCUCAAACAGCAUUUUCAAGCAAAGGAUUUAUUGAUUAUUCUACUGCUCAACAAACUCCAAGUAUUGUCUCCAAUGCUUCUAUUAGUUCUAACCAAUAAUAUACCCCAAACACUAAUCCCAUGAAGCAAAGCGACUUAAUUAGUACAAGUUUAUAAAAUAUUUAAUAAUAUAGUCCUUUGAAUUCAUAAAGAGAAAUUCCUUUAAAUUCUUCUAAAACACCCAGUUCUUCAGCAUCCUCAUCUUAAAAUAUGACUAAUUAAUCAAUAUCUUCAAAUAGUUAUAGCAUAAACUAAUAUAAUCCUUAGCAUAGUUAAUAAUCUUUCCUUUAAUAAUACCAAAGUGCUUCUCCCAUAAUGAACUAAAACGUAAUGCAGCAAUAGUCUCAACUAUAACAAAUUCAACAUAAUACCAUUAAAAACUCUCUAUCUAAUUAAAAUUUAAAACAAUAAAUCUAAAUGCCACUUAAUUAAUAAAACAAUUACCAUUAAGCGUAAAAUAGCUGCGGAGCUGACUUAUCACUAAUAAAUAAAGGAUUAUAGCAAAGAAUAAAUAAUAUAGCCAAUAGCAGCAACCAAAAUAUCCUUAUAAAUAACUAAAGAAGUUCUUAAAGUAAGAGUCCAUUCGGAUCUCCAAGAGAUAAGGUGAUUUAUUAUCCUAAUACUUGUAGGACUUCUUACACCUAGUAAACUGCUCCUUUUUGCUCUAACACUAAUGUUGCAGCCAGUUACAACAACAAGAAUAAUUAAAACAGUCCAAAAAUAAAAGGCACAUGGAAAUGA